CAAAAUCAUUCCUUGAUAAAAUUGGACAAUAUCUCACCUCUCUUGUGGCCAUCACUAAGAAUGAGAGUGGUAAAAGAAGCAAAAAAGCAUUACAUUUGUAUAAGCAAUAUAAACAGGGACCUCCAAGAUCUCUGUCAUUCAAGUCUUUAAGUCGAGCUAUAAAGCUAGUACUCAGAGUUCCCGACUUGAUUACCAGAUAUUACGAGAUUGGCUAUCUCAAAAAAGUAAAGAGUGUGCUAGAACUUCAGUACACCUGCAUUACCCAACGUUUAAGGAUAGCUUUCUAG